UAAGACAGUGAUAAAGAAUGGUUCACGAGUUCAAGUAUCAUGUUGUUCAUCAUCGUAUCAUGUUUUGUGUUUUCGUUAAGUAAAUUUAUGACAAGUUAGUUUAAUUUGUGAACAUUUACGCAUUGUAUAAUAUCAUGUUACGAAAUGACUUCGAGUGUUCCUGGUUUCUUUACAUUUUUACUGCAAUAAAAAAAAAUUAGUCACUGGAAGUUGCAGGUGUAUUAAAUUAUUCAACCGGCAAUAAAAGUAGGCGUAUACGUAUUGUGGGUGUGCAAUGCGUUUAUUUAAUUCGUAACUCUUAUCACUGUGAAUAUUUGGUAUGAAAAUAACAGCACUGAUAUGUAAUGAUAAGAUACUGGAUAGAAGUACCACAUUCUCUUCCAUCGUUUUUCAUAUGGGUUAUAAAAUGUUCUGCAUUGUUUGGAACAACUUGACUAACCUGUUGGCUUCACCAGCUUUAUAAACAAAAUAAUAUGAGUGCAACUUAUACAAAUGAAAAAGUAGGACUAUGGGUAAUAAAAACAGUUGCUGCUCUUAUUCCAGCCCUCAACCUAGUCGAGUAGUAAUACCUUUUGAAGAAACCCUACCAGAAGGUGAAAUCAGUACCAAUAAUUUACAGCAUAUUAGUGAAAGAGAGGCAGAUGAUGGAGAAGCAGAUCCUUCACAGGAUCCAACAGCAAGAACAAUUUUUAUGGAAAAGUCCAAGUCUGCCAUUGAAAAUGGAUUGAUUAGAAGGAAGAGUCAACAUCAAAUUGCUGAAGUGAGGACUUUAAAAAAGAGCAGUUCUUGUUCUACCAUAUAUUUAGAUGAUAGUACUGUAUCUCAACCGAAUUUAAAGAACACAGUUAAGUGUGUUGCCCUGGCUAUCUACUAUCAUAUAAAAAAUCGUGAUUCAGAACGCCAGCUAGAAAUUUUCGAUGAAAAACUACAUCCUUUAACUAGAGAAGGUGUUAGUGAAGAUUAUGAUAAGUUUAAUCCUGAACACAGGCAGAUAUACAAGUUUAUAAGGACAUUAUUCAAUGCUGCCCAACUUACUGCAGAAUGUGCCAUUAUUACCUUAGUGUACUUAGAGCGCCUGUUAACUUAUGCAGAAUUAGAUAUAGCCCCUUCGAACUGGAAACGUAUUGUUUUAGGUGCAAUUCUAUUAGCAUCCAAAGUAUGGGAUGAUCAAGCUGUUUGGAAUGUUGACUAUUGCCAAAUAUUAAAAGAUAUAACUGUGGAAGACAUGAAUGAACUUGAAAGACAGUUUUUAGAGUUAUUACAAUUUAACAUUAAUGUGCCCUCAAGUGUCUAUGCAAAAUAUUAUUUUGAUUUAAGAACUCUGGCUGAAGCUAAUGAUUUGGCUUUUCCAAGUGAACCUUUAAGUAAAGAGAGGGCCCAGAAGUUAGAAGCUAUGUCAAGAGUUAUGGAAGAUAAAGUAACAAAUGAAGCAAUUAAAAACGGUUUGAAGAAAUGGUCAAGUUUAGAUAAUAUUAACAGUUCGAAUGGUGCAGCUCGACGUAGUAUAGCUAUAUUGUCAUGAUCAUACUAUACCUGAUAAUUUUUUUAUUUUUACUUUGUUGAAACAACUUACCAAAGUAAAUUUAGUGAAUUGUGAGAUAGUCAUUUAAAUUUUUGUUUUUAUUAACUAGCAAAAAUUGUGAUGCCCUAAAAUGUAUUGAUUCUUUCAUUAUAUUAUUAUUGUAAUAGAAUUAUUUGAAGUCAUUUUCAUGAAUCAAAUAUGUUUAAAUAAUGCACUUAUUCAAAAAUAUGGACCUCAUUAAAGAAUCAAAUACAAGAAUCUCUAUACAGUUAAGUUUUUGUUUUUGAUUUAUUGACGCUUUUUUUAUUUCAAAACAUAAUGAGUUGUCCUUUGUAAAUAUGCAGUAUGAUAUGCAUUUCUGGUCUAAUGUAAAUUGUUUUUGUAUUGUAAACUUUUGGUUUCAGAUAACAUUAUUGUAUGAAAAAGUCUCUUAAAAUAAGCAUUCCAUCUAUUAAAGAUACCACUUUUUAAGAGAGUUUUUUAUAAGGGAGAUUUAUUAUACCAAUUAUUGCACUACCCCAUUCAAAGACACGUCCAUUACUGUAAUGACUAUUUUUUAUAGGACAAUCCAAUAUAGGCCUAUUUGAAAUUUUUAUACCGUUUAAUGCUUUAUUAGACUACAAUAAAUGUACAUCAGUAAAAUA